CCCCGGCGGGCCAUGGCCUCCGCGGCCGUGCUGCGGGUGCAGCGGAAGCGCGGCGGCCCCGAGCCGGCCGAGGCGCUGCUCCUCGCCUGCAAGCGGCGCCGCGAGGAGCCGGUGGAGAGGAGCCUCUUCAAGCUGGUGGCGACCGUGUCCUCCAAGAAUGAACCGGUUCAGAAAUACGUUAGGGACGCCAUCACACGAGACAAAGCAGCUCAGAGUCUGCGGCCGUCUCUGGGAAGCACUCAGCGAAUCAUUGAGGAGCUCCGUUCUUCCAAGCAAGUGAAAAGGAAGGAAAACCGCUACCGUGUAAUAGCCAGCCAUCGACCUGGCUGUACUGAAACAGCUGCACCUGCUGCACGUGCUGAGGCUCCCACUGAUGGGGACAGGUCAGACUCUGGAGCAAAGGAAGAUGCUUCACAAGAGGAGGGUGGUGCUCUUGAUAAGAGUUCGGACUGCUGUGCGAAAUUCCAGUUGUUUGAUAUUGUCCAAGAGGAGAUGGUGGGAGACUCCAGCAUAACCUCUGCAAACUCACAGAAGAUUGAUCCAGAUGUGAUUCUCUGCAAUGCAGUAGAGAUGAUCCGUGAGCGUUUAAAUGUUUCUGAAGAUGCUAAAAAACACCAUGACAAGGAAGAUGAGUAUGUUUAUGACAUCUACUAUAAGGAAACAUCAGCCCCUGGUUGGAUCGAAAAUAUCCUUUCUGUACAGCCCUACAGAGAAGAAUAUGAAUGGGUAAAUGAUGAUCCUGUCCCAGAGGAAGUAUAUGAAGAUGAAGAUGAUGAAAAUGAUGAAAAUAACUGGCGUAAUGAUUAUCCUGAAGAAGAUGAAUUCUUACCUGAGGAAGAUGGAGAAAAAGAGCCUGAAGAGAGCUCCAGUGACGAGGACCAAUAUUACAGGAGAAGAACGUGGGACAAAUACCGACAGGAGGUUCUACAGGAAUUUGGAUACGACGAGAUGGAAGAUCUGGGUUCUGACUAACAGUUCUUUUUUGAAGAUGACAGGUGUACUGAAGAUGAAAUUCUACUGCUGUAGGAGAAUGUACCACCUGAACAGCCAACUUCAGCUGGUAGAUAUUGAACAGAGGGGUGUGAGUUGACAACACCGAUUUUUGUUCGAAGCCAAAGUGUUGUAGUCUUUCUGCCCACUGUGUGUACUGAGGUUCUGAAGGAACUUUUUUUCCCCCAAAGCUCCCCGCCCAAGUAUUUGUACCUGUAGUGACCACACCUCCACGUUCUACACAGAGGAACUGCUGGCAGCAGCCCUUCUGGUCAUGCCUAAUGUGUCAGCUUUCACAAGAAGAUCAAUGUGUCUGCCCUGCUGGCAAGUGGAAGUCUUUGAGAAAGGCACUGUCCUAGUGCUUUCUACUGUAUUUGUUUCUGAGUGUCAAGUUACUUUCUUUACAAGUGUUGGAGAAUAUGAAAUGCCUUGGCCUGUCCAUUACUUUCCCAGUAGUUUUACUGUUGGAGUAGAACAAUGCAUACUUAAAUUGUAAAUAAAAAUGUUUUGACUAAG